AAACCACCUGGAAUUUUUACGACGAUCACGACUUUUGACUUACCUUGCGCUUUAGCAUAUUCUGGCGUUACCAAAUUUCUGUAUUCUUCUCGGAACUCUGCAUUAGUGCAAUUAAUUCCCUCCGAGAUCGCAGCAACAAGUUUGCAUGCCCAUUUGUUCCCAUCCUCCCCUCCAGUUUUGAAUCUCGAUCAUACCGCGGUCCGCCGAAAUUGUCUGUCGCGUCCAUUCCACAUUCCGCAUUCCACGUCUGUCGAUUCCCCUUCGCUCGCAAACCUUAUGCAACUACGAUGACUUCAAAUCCGACCGUCGAGGCCUAUGGCCGAUUGUGGGCUCAACAUCUCGCCUCGACAAGAGACGUGACUACUGCAAUUAGCAUGAAAGGGGCCGAGGCCCUGUCUACGCGUCAACCUUCUUCAAGCACAGUCUUCACUUUUGACGGCCCGACUCCCGAUGUCAGACCGCCACAAGUUACCUUCUUCCACGGUACUGCAACUGCCAGCGCGAUAAACCCAAUCACAGCCAACCUUGAUCUCGCACCCCCACGGCUUCCUGCGCCACGCCCUUGGGACUACUGUCUCUUCGGCUCCGCUUUGCCUCGCUUUCGCGGCCGAGAUAUCUACAAACGAGCCGGUGUCCUGGCUCAGAGCCCCUCGGACAACCAGGAAUACAUAGCCGUCGAGCGCGAGCUUUCCAGGAUCCAGAGUGGCCCUCGAAAGCGUGCCCGGUCUAUGAGCUUCUUCCAACAUCAGAUCGAUUCUGAAGAGAGUCUCCUGUGGAACUUGCCAUCCCUCGAGGCUUUUGUCUCGAAGGCGGAUGGGCUGCAGAUCCUGGAAGAUGCCCGCAACUCGGUCUUCCAGUACUACGUUACGCUACACGAGCAGGACCUACCAGUUCCUAAGCUUAUCGAGCAUCAUACCUGGCACGGCUCCAUAGAUAUGGAGAACAUGACGAUAAUUCCUCGAAAACGGCGCUACAACAGCGAUCCCAUCUUGCGCUACGAAGAAGCCCAGUUUGAGAAUGUCAGGAGCACAGCUGCCAGCCCUAACAACGAGUCCACCUCCAAAGAAUGCGGUCGCCACAUCAGAGGCUGCCGCCGCGCUCCCAGGCUUUCCACCGUCGACGAGUGCACAGAACCUUCCGAGUCCCCAAGUCGGGAGAUUACUACCCCUUCCAAAUCUCUCAUCCACCGUCUGUCCUCCGCAGGCCACCGCACUACAAUUUCGCCAUGGAGAUUCACAUUUAUGAGUCCUUCCCAGGCCACCAACGACGGAGACGUAACACCUCCCAGAGUCUCCGCCACCUAUGGCUAUGGCUCGCCUGUAUCUGCCAAGCGUCUGUCUCCUGUGCGAGCCGCAGCUAUGCUACGCACGCCGGAUUGCUUCUCAGCAUCUCCGAUUGCCGCCGCCCGCCUCCAGCAACAGUCUUCCCCAGUCAUCUUCAACAAGCCAGCACUUGCCAUCGAUCACGCGACACCUACACAUCUGGCCUCGCCCGACACUCGUCGCAGCUCAACCCCCACAAAGAAGCACCGUGGUAGACGUCGUUCGUCCCUCACUGCAAGUCGCCUCCUUGCCAUUUCUGAGAUUGCUCAUAGUCCCCUGUCUUCUCCUUCCUGUUUGACCGCGGACGAAAUCGCUCCUGUUGAACUUACCCCCAUGACCGUUUCUCAUGUGGACGCUACCACCGAUCACAACUCUAUUAUCAAGGAUAAGUCAUCUUGCCUGGGUACAGAUGCGCUGGCUGGUUUUGUCGACUCGGAGGCUCCCGUCGAGACCCAGAUGCAGGUUCAUGCCAACACUAGCCCCGCUGCUGAAGUCGUGCCGCUUAUCGAGACACCUGAUAUCCCCAAGGAAUCUGGCCUCUCUGAUUAUGAGACUGUCAAUCAUAUCGAAUCCAAUCACAGCGAGUCGGAAGCUGCCGAGUCUGAUGCUCUCAAGGACAACCUGACCGCGACUUCACCAUCUACUCCCAAGGCCGAGUCCACCGUUUGCACUGAUGUUAACUUUGAUAUGGUCGAUGUUGAUCUCCGCAAAAAUCUGGAUAUAUUCGGUCGUCCUCGCGAGACGUCUACUCAUUCCCCUGCUAUAAGCUCACCUAUCAGUCCAUCGUUGAAGACUGUCGAUGAUGAUAUCUUAGGUCAAUCUUCCACACCUGCUGACCUUCAAGAAGUUGACGGCGAAGUCUUGGAUGAGGACUACGACGACGACGACAUGACGAAUGCCAUUAAUCACGAACAAAUCAACGACACCAUCGCUCUCAACCUUCCCGACAUGGCAGUUGAUGUACAACACAACGCAAAAGACGACAUCAGGGUUGAUGAGCAGCCUCAACGAGUCCUCAACGCAGAUCAUCGCCAAAAAGAGGCCGACCAAAAUCGCGCAGAACUCCAGAGCUUCAUGGAACGCAUGAGGGCCGGGAAAGGUGACACAAGUAUCAAGGUCAAGCGUCGGUCAGGGUCACUUGGAGCAUCUGCUACAGGGUCCCCCAUCCGACGAUCAGAACCUGAAGACGGUGAUGAGAGCGUCUCGAAGCGGCAGCCUUUGGGGGAGAAGAGUCCUAACAUGUCUCCAAGCCCAACCAAGAAGCGCAAAACUGUCGAGGAUGAGAUCAGCAGCGGCCUCCUUCACGCGCCAUCGUUGGAGGAUCACUCGCCUCCAAAGCCCAAGCGUCGCCGAAAGAACGCCGAGACGGAAUCCGACGGUAUCCUGAACCCAGAUUUCCAGCCAGGAGAGGCUCAGCCGCCGCGUCGCAGCACGCGCACCAAGCGCAAUCUCUUGCCGCCGGCACCAUCGGCCAAUGGCUUUGCCUUGAGCAAGUUGCCCGUCAUUCGCAGCAUAGCAAUAGACGAUGGUGGAUUCGGGGGCAGUCCAAGCAGCGCCAUUGUUCGCAAUGAUGACCGUCAACUGCAGGCCACGACACGAGCCAACACCCGCCGUAACAAGGCUGGGGCUCUGCACGCCAGUGAUGCGCUGAACCUGCAAGCGAAGCGAAAGCUGUCUGGUGCUGACGACGACGAAGGCGAAGACAAGGCGGCAGCCACAAACAAGAGGGCCAAGACCACCAAAUCGGGCAGUGCUAAGAGCGUCCGUUGGGGUACGCCCCUGGCUAGCUACCAGGAGCCACCUGCUGCUGUUGCGCCCAAUGUUGCUUCGGAGUCGGCAGAUGAGCUCGCCGCUGAUGAGGAUAACGGAGCCAUUCCGGCUCCUGUUCCUGUUCCUGCGACUUCUUUAACGGCGGCCCCGGUCACCAGGAGACGCACUGCUUCUCGGCUGCCUCCGCCCACACCGAUCAAAAAGCCCACCGGCACGGCCGCUGGCAAAGUUAAAAAGCCGAGCAGCUUGGCUGCACCCAGAAGAACGUCGGCUCAGUUGGCCGCGGCUUCGGCAGCCAAGGAGGAGGCAGCACGCGUGUCUGCUACAAUGGCAGAUGCCAAAAGAGAGGAGGAGAAGAAAAAGAAGACCUCGACGAGGUCACGGAUUGGUGCUCCCGCUGCGGCCACCGGCACCACCACCAGGAGGAGGGCCGCAAGGGCGGCGUGAGCAAGAAAGCCCGCGGGGCUUGGCGCCUUUUGUCUUUUUCACGUUUUUUUGUUAGUUUUUAGACGGGAUGAUUCCAUAUGCUGUUUACUAAUGUUGCAAUUGUCAAGAUACCCAUUGUGUUUUGCGUUGUUAGAAUAGACCUUGCUUGUGUUGGUUUGGCUGGGUUAAUGUGAUAAUUUUUCUUUCUUA